AAAAAUGGAAAACACCUUGAAGAUCUAACUGUUUACGAUAUGAUACAAUCAUAUAACAUCGAAGAUGAGGUGUCUAAUUCAACUGUUGAGGAACUAAUAUUUGAUCCACAUAUUGGCAUAUUACUUCUACAAUAUAGAAAAGUUCUUGAAGAAAUGAAAAAUCAUUACAUAGAACAAGAUUCACAAUGA